GAUGGAUGGCCUGCGUGUGUGUGUGCGUUUGGAUGGAUGGUGACCAAUGCUUUUAUUCCCAUAUGUGAUACAGACGGACGGACGGACGGUGGACGGCCUACGCAUCUUUUUUGCUCCAAAGGCUGCGGUGGAUUGUUGUACAUAUUACAGGGGUGUGUGUGGUCGUGUGGUACCUUUAUUUUGGGCCGGCAGGCUGUGUUCGCUUAUCUACUGGCUGUUGGAUGCCCGCCCGCCGCCUGUUUUUUUUAUAUUCAGGAUGGCUGGCUGCCGGGUCUGUUGUGUUUUAUUAUCAGAACGAGUGCACACACACUGCUGACUGACGCGAUGUGCUGAAAGAUGAUGCCAAUGAUUGACACACAAGAAUCUUUCAGCACACCAUGUCCGGACAUCACACACGAGCCGAGGGCACUCAAAAUCUGCACCCAAUCCAUUCCAGCUCAUCUCACCAUUGCAAUGACCUGGGCAGAGAAUAAGGGUACCCUACACGGGCGGAUCUGCCGGAACCAUGAUUGCAAGCUGUGCAUGCGAUCUCGCGACAAAACGGGAAAAAACCUCUGGUGUUGGUAUCGUUGCAUCGCGCGGCAGCGGCCAACAUCUUCUGCCAUUUGCGAGAGCAGCAGUUGCUGAAGUAGCGCCGACAUUGGCUGAGGGUCACGUCGAAAGGUGAGGACCUGGGGUGAGGAAUGCACCAAUCGGCUUGAUGCCUCCUGUUGUGCCUCGUUUGCUGGCCAGGCGAGUAAUUGUGUCUGUCGAGAUGGCGGCGGCCUCUGUGAGCGAGUCGACGACGUGCUUCAAGUGUUGUGGCAAGUUUGAGAUGACCUACUCCUCGGAGAGGGAACCGCAAAAGCUCCCCUGCGGUGAGCAAGCGAAAGAAACGCGGGAGCGAGCAGAGCAGCAUUCCUCAUGGGAUUCUGCGUCUCACUCAGGUCACACACUCUGUAGGGAGGUACGCAUGGGUGCGUGGGUGCAUCCAUCCAUCGUGCAGUGAGUGCAUUCAUGCAUCCACUGCCGUGUCCGCGCCUCGUUUUGCAGUGCGUUGCCUGGCUGCUGCGCGAGACCUCCCACGGCGUUGCCGUCGGCCAUGGCCAGUACGCCUGGGACAUUGGCGAAUGCCCUGCCUGCCAGUACGCACACACGUCCCUAUCAUACGCACACAGACGCACCCACCCAGCCUUUCCUUUGUUUGCUUGUCCGUGCGUUCAUCAGGAAGGAGUUCGCCCUGUUUCGCGAAUCGCCAAAGAGCACGCACCACAAGUUUGUUGCGCCCAUCUCACCAGGUGCGUGCGUGCGUGCGGGCAUACACACACCGUGCACGUAUGUGUGCACCAAACAAAGGAACGGUCCGGCACGUGUGCGUGCGUUCAUUCGCUCAGGUGGCAAAAGUGGUCCGACGCAGCCCGAGGCAGAGGAUGGGGAGGAUGACUUAAAGGCCUGCAUCGAGGCAGCGUUCAACUUCAGGUGCAAGUGAUGAAUCGAUAGCGAGUGGGGAGUGGUGUGUGGUGUGAGGUGGAGGGCAAGCUAGCUAGCGAACCGAGGGCAGGUGCGUGUACAUAGCUGAUGGGCGGGUGCAAUGGAAGGAACACACACCGACAGACAGUCGCUGACUGUAUGCAUGUCCAUCGAUAGAUGGAGGACAGACACACAAGCAGGCUUUCCCUCUGCCUUCUUGACUCCCUGCUGCUGCAUGGAUACGUACGUGUGGUGAUCGGUGACCUCUUCGGUGCAGUGUGUGGGUGUGUUGAUAUGAUGACUGACCGGACCAGUGCAUUGCCACGUAUACCCAAUCGCCGGAUGCGUUGAAUUCAUCUUCAC